AUGUCGACCAGGCAGCAGGCCCUUGCGACGGCUCAGGUGUAUCUGAAAAGAUUCUACAUCAAGAACGAAAUCAGGCAAACCAACCCGUACCUUGUUCUCAGCACUGCUUUCUAUCUGGCCUGUAAAAUGGAGGAAUGCCCUCAACAUAUCCGGUUUGUCGUGAAUGAGGCUAGAAGCUUCUGGCCUGAGUUUAUGUCAUCGGAUGUCUCCAAACUAGGCGAAUGCGAGUUUGCCCUGAUCUCUGAAAUGAAUUCGCAACUCAUCAUCCAUCAUCCGUACCGGACCCUGACCGAACUUCAGCCUGAACUGCCCCUAUCGUCGGAUGAAGUUGCGCUGGCCUGGUCAAUAAUCAACGACCAUUAUCUCACCGAUUUGCCUUUACUGUAUCCUCCGCAUGUAAUCGCGGUCAUGGCGAUUAUCAUUGCGGUUGUCUUCAAGCCCAGUCAGACCAGUUUCCACGGGCCCGGCCCAUCGUCGUUGGCGGGCGCCAUGCGGGAAGGGGGCGGGAUGAGCAUUCUCGCGGCGUUAGGCGACAAGAACGGCGCCGGGGCAGAGAGGAUCCAAAGGCUUAUUGGCUGGCUGGCUGAGAGUGAAGUCGACAUCAGGGCUGUCAUCGAGUGCACUCAGGAGUUGGUGUCGUUGUAUGAGGUAUGGGAGCAGUAUAGUGAGAAGCAUUGCAAGGAACUUAUUGGGAGGAUGGUCAAGGGUAAGAGCUUGGAUAAGUGA